AUGCAGACGGGUAGUUCAGGUGAAUUGCGAUCAGCGGCCGGAUCAACUGAUACAAGAGGAAAACACAGGAUUUCUGCUGAAUUGAAGAGACUCGAGCAAGAAACUCGAUUCUUGGAGGAAGAACUGGAAGAGCUAGAGAAAAUGGACAAAGCAUCUGCUGCUUGUAAGGAGAUGCUGAUUAAUAUUGAAACGAGACCAGAUCCAUUAGUCUCGGUAACAAUUGGUCCAGUAAAUCAGAUAUGGGACAGGUGGUUUGAAGGAGCACAAGAUUCUUCUGGAUGUCGUUGCUGGAUACUAUGA